CAGAGUCACGCAAAAAAUCCGUUAUAUUCCCCACAAGGACCAUCACCUCCAGGUAGAUGUGCAGCAUGACAAAGUUGGAGAAGACGCAGACUUGUGCAACGCAGAAUACUCCUUGUCAUUCGAGUCCACCUCCUCCUGCAACAGCAGGGCCACCAGCAGCAGGAGAGGUUCCAGGAGAACCGGUUCAAAGCUGAAUGAGAGCAAAGCAGAUGAUCUCACGCUCACUACCCACUCACGCCAAGAGAGGCUAGAAAAGCUGAAAGUGCACAGCUUGAAAGCUGUAAAUAAAGAAGGCUUCCGAGGCAAGCAACGAUGGGACGGUCAGGCAGCAAAACGCAAGCGGCCAUUCCUUCCCCCCAUCAAGCCCCAGGGGGUUGCCGUGCAGCAGGUCAUGCUGGCCAGCCAGCAGCGCAUCAAUGAGCUCGGCAACCAGGUGCGGGAUCUACAGCAGCAGCUGGCCGCUGCCACCGCUGAGAACCGGCUGCUUAAGCGCCAGCAGGGUCGCCAGGAGGGUGCGCUCCGGCAUCUGAAGAAUUUGCAGGACGGCCUGCCCCAGGUGUUGCUCCAGCACAACAACGAGGUGCACACCCUGCAGGAGCUGCUGCGCCAGUCCCGGGAACGCAACGGCGCGCUGGUCCGCCAGCUGCAUGCCUGCGAGGCCCGGCUGUUGAACACCGGGGACGCUCUCCGGAAGCUGCAGCAGCUCAGCCAGGACCGAAGCUUGGGAGAGAGGGAUGAGCUGGCACAGCGUGUCAAUACCCUCACCCUGGAGCUCGACCUCAAAAACAAGAGGAUACAGGACUUGGAGAAAAACAUGAAGCUGAGCAAUGCGUCCUUUAAUCGUCAGCUUUCCUCCCAAGUUCAGAAGACUCAUCAAGCCAGAGAUAUUUCCAAGUGUCUACAAGAGGAAAUCAACCAACUCAAACAAAAGAUCAACGAGCAAGUGCGACUGCUGGAGAUCAGAAAUAUCUACUCAUACAGAUUUGUAGAAAGACCUCUGAGAAAAGCUGCCAAAGAGUCCAAAUUAGUUCAAACAGAGCAGUUAUGCCCUGUUCACCAAGAAGAGGCUACAUCCACACCAGAGGUAGAACACAAAAUUUCAGAGGAUUUUGAGAUCGCCCUAAGGACGCACAUAAGCAUGGAGAGUUGUAACGAGCAGAGCUAUAGCACCCAGGAGGAUCCUACCUCUGAAUACACAGAAACAGGGAGUGAUGAGAGCACAGGACUGGAUGGGCCACUAGUGGAGAAUAUAACAAAUCUGGAAAACAUUUCUGCUGAAAUAGUUGCUGAUGAUGAAGAAGUGAAAGACACAGAUGUUUGUGAGGAGAAGGAAGUACUGCUUCACCUUCUGGAGAAUCACACCGAAGCAGAGGAUGAAAAUACAGGAAGUAAAGUCCAUGAGGAAGAACUGAAACCCUGCCAGGAGGAGAGACAGUUAGAAAGUAGUGACGUAACUUUCUCCCCGUCCACCACCACCACGCUGUCCCCCCAGAAGUCUUCCACAGCACUAAUCCGGAAGCACCAUUACAUCUUCAAAGAGACCGUGCAAAACAUGCAUCUUGGGAAGCCGGCCUACGACAUACCAGGACGGCGCGUCAAGAAGAACUGCGUCCCCUACAGCGAAGGCCACACAGAGUCAGAUCAUUUACACAUACAGGCGUACGAGCCCUCCUUUUUCAAACUUCCACCUGUGAACCCCCCCAAACACGUGACCUUGCAGGAGGAUGAGAGGGCAAAGGCGAGGAAGAGAAACUUGAUGAAAGAACUCUUUGGUAAGGAGACUAUCGAUGAACCGAAGCCAAGGUCAAAGGUCAGGCCCAGAUCCGAAAACUCAGAUAUGAGCAUCUCAGGAAAUGCAAGACAAGAUUCUCUUUUAAAGGAAAGCAACAUCAUCAUCUUUGACUGACACAGAAACUUAAUGCUUCUGAAAAAAAAACCUUUAGUUAAUA